CCUUUCCCCUCCGGGUUCAGCUGCUUUCCCUCCCUCUCACGGUCGCAGAUCCAGUGAUCAGGCGGAGUCAGGAACAAAACAAAAGAAAGAACAAUUUGCUUGAAAAUGCCAAACUUGGGUCAAUGACCGUGACAAGUUCAGUAGUGAGCAUAGAUAAUCAUUCUACUGUGCCAGGAGGCUCCUUUUCAACUGAAACCUCUCCAGCUACUUUGGCUGUGCCUCCAACACAUCGAGAUGAACACUCUCUGGAUUCUGUAAUGAGGCGAUCUCAGGUAGAAAAUGCAUCAAAAGAGAAGAAUGUGCAUGAAAAUUCCACAGAUAAAUCCCAGACCAUGACCAGUGCAGAAGUAAGCUUGAAAAAGAAAAGAAGAAAGAAGACGCAAGCAGAAGGACACGAUGCUAUUAAAAGCAAUGAUAAUCUUUCUGCACUACCGAAAGAUGCCUUUUCAACUGAAACCUCUAUGGCUGCUUUGGCUGUGUCUCCAACACAUUCAGAUGAACACUCCCUAGAUUCUGUAAUGAGGCAAUCUCAGGAUGAAAAUGCAUCAAAAGAGAAGAAUGUGUGUGAAAAUUCCACAGAUAAAUGUCAGACCAUGAUCAGUGCAGAAGUAAGCUUGAAAAAGAAAAGAAGAAAGAAGAGGCGAGUGGAAGGACACGAUGCUAUUAAAAGCAAUGAUAAUCUUGCUGCAGUAUCAAAAGAUGCCUUUCCAACUGAAACUUCUGCAGCUGCUUUGGCUGUGCCUCCAACACAUCCAGAUGAACACUCUCUGGAUUCUGUAAUGAGGCAAUCUCAGGAUGAAAAUGCAUCAAAAGAGAAGAAUGUGCGUGAAAAUUCCACAGAUAAAUGUCAGACCAUGAUCAGUGCAGAAGUAAGCUUGAAAAAGAAAAGAAGAAAGAAGAGGCUAGUGGAAGAACACAAUGCUAUUAAAAGCAAUGAUAAUCUUUCUGCAGUAUCAAAAGAUGCCUUUUCAACUGAAACUUCUGCAGCUGCUUUGGCUGUGCCUCCAACACAUUCAGAUGAACACUCCCUGGAUUCUGUAAUGAGGCAAUCUCAGGAUGAAAAUGCAUCAAAAGAGAAGAAUGUGCGUGAAAAUUCCACAGAUAAAUCUCAGACCAUGACUGGUGCAGAAGUAAGCUUGAAAAAGAAAAGAAGAAAGAAGAGGCGAGCAGAAGGACAUGAUGCUAUUAAAAGCAAUGAUAAUCUUUCUGCUGUACCAAAAGAUGCCUUUUCAACUGAAACCUCUAUGGCUGCUUUGGCUGUGUCUCCAACACAUUCAGAUGAACACUCCCUAGAUUCUGUAAUGAGGCAAUGUCAGGAUGAAAAUGCAUCAAAAGAGAAGAAUGUGCAUGAAAUUUCCACAAGUAAAUCUCAGACCAUGACCAGUGCAGAAGUAAGCUUGAAAAAGAAAAGAAGAAGAAAGAAGAGGCAAGCUGAAGGACAUGAUGCUAUUAAAAGCAAAGAUAAUCUUUCUGCAGUACCAAAAGAGGCCUUUUCAACUGAAACCUCUUCAACUCCUUUGGCUGUGCCUCCAACACUUCCAGAUGAACACUCUCUAGAUUCUUCGAUGAGGCAAGCUGAGGCUGAAAAUGCAUCCAAAGAAGAGAAUGUAAUUGAAAAUGCCUCAGACGGAUCUCAGAUCAUGACAAGUGCAGAAGUAUGCUUGGGAAAGAAAAGAAGAAAGAAGAGGCAAGAGGAAGGACAUGAUGCUAUUAAAAGCAAUGAUAAUCUUUCUGCAGUACCAAAAGAUGCCUUUUCAACUGAAACCUCUACAGCUGCUUUGGCUGUACCUCCGGAACAUCCAGCUGAACAAUAUGUAGGUUCUGUGAUGAGGCAAUCUCAGGUUGAAAAUGCGUUAAAUGAGAAGAAUGUGCUUGAAAAUGCCUCAGAUAAAUCUCAGACCAUGACAAGUGGAGAAGUAAGCUUGAAAAAGAAAAGAAGAAAGAAGAGGCAAGAAGAAGGACAUGAUGCUAUUAAAAGCAACAAUAAUAUUUCUGCAAUACCAAAAGAUGCCUUUUCAACUGAAACCUCUACAGCUGCUUUGGCUGUGCCUUUGGAACAUCCAGAUGAACAGUCUCUAGAUUCUGUGAUGAGGCAAUCUCAGGUUGAAAAUGUGUUAAAUGAGAAGAAUGUCCUUGAAAAUGCCUCAGAUAAAUCUCAGAUCACGAUAAGUGUAGAAGUUAGCUCAAGAAAGAAAAGAAAAAGGAAGAAGUGGCAAGAGAAAGGGCUUGAUGCUAGUGAAAGCAAUGAUAAUCUUUCUGCUGUUCCAAAAGACACCGUUUCAGUUGAAACUUCUACAGCUGUUAUGGUUAUGCCUCGAACACAUCCAUUUCAACCCUCUGUAGAUCCAUUAAGAAGGCAAUUUCUGGCUGAAAAUGAAGUAAGGGAGAAUUGUGUGCUUCAACAUGCCACAGAUGGGUAUCUAGCCAUGAUGAAUAUAGAUGUAAAUUCAAGUAAGAAAGGUAAAAAGCAGAAGAGGAAGAAGGCAAGACAUGAUUGCAUAGAGACCAAUGUUAAUCAUUUUGGCGUCCUGAAAGAUAACACAUCACUGGAUACUUCUACACGUACUCUGGUUCUGCCCCCUCUACAUUCAGGUCAAUACCCCAUGGGUCCAGUAAUGAGACUGUCUCAGGAAGCAAAUGAAGAAGUGCAGAAUAUGAUUGCAAAGCCCACAGAUGGGUCUACAGCCAUGGCCAAUGAAGAAGUAAGUUCAAAAAAGAAAAAUAAAAAGAGGAAGAGGAGAAAGGCUGGAUGUAACAACAUUGAAUGUGAUACUAAUCAUUCUGAAGUUCCAAAAGAUACAUUUUCACCUGAAACUUGUACACCUACUUUGGAUGUGCCUUCACAAUUUCCAGCUCUGGAUCCAGUAAUGAGUCAAUGUCAGGAAGAAAACCAAGGAAAGGAGCUGAAUAUGGUUGAAAAGGCUACAGAUGGAUCUCCAGCUAUGACAAGUGUGGAAGGGAAAUCAAGAAAGAAAAAUAAAGGGAGGAUGAGGAAGGAGACAAGACAUGAUUCUUUACAAAGCAAUACCAAUCUUUGUGGUGUUUCGGAAGUUGACAUUUCUCAUUCAACCUUAGUCAGCAAGCAUGAUUGUUCAAACGUAUCACGUUUUCCACUUGGUAGAGCCAUAUCAAGCUACUCAAAAAGGAAGCUUCUUGUACUUGAUCUUAAUGGGCUGCUUGCCGACUUUGUCCUUGGGGUUCCUAAGGGAUUUAAACGGGACACAAAGAUACACAACAAAUCAGUUUUCAAGAGGCCCUUUUGUGAUGAUUUUCUGCAGUUCUGUUUUGACAAAUUUCAUGUCGGUAUUUGGUCAUCAAGAAAACGGCAAAACGUUGAUGCUGCAAUCAAACUUCUUGUGGGGGUUUCAGCAUCCAAACUACUUUUUGCCUGGGAUCAAAGACACUGUACUAUGACAACAUUCCAGACCAUCGAGGACAGAAACAAGCCCCUUAUGUUGAAGGAACUCAGGAAGUUGUGGGAAAAGUGUAGGCGUGAUCUUCCAUGGGAGAAGGGGGAGUUCAAUGAGACAAACACUUUGUUGUUGGAUGACUCCCCUUACAAGGCGAUAUUGAAUCCAAUGCACACAGCAGUAUUUCCUUAUUCUUAUCAGUACAGCGACACCAAUGACACAUCAUUAGGACCUGGAGGUGAUCUUCGUGUUUAUCUUGAAGGAUUGGCCAUGGCUGAGAAUGUUCAGGAGUACGUGGCUUCUCAUCCAUUUGGUCAACCACCCAUAACAGAAUCAAGCCCACAUUGGGAUUUUUAUUGUCUAGUUAGAGAUCAAAGCUUACAAAGGCGUGGUCGUCUGUAGCGCCAUCCAUUGAAUUUUCAUUUUAGUAUUCUCUUGCCAUAAUUUUUUUUUUUCCUUCUGGGAUAUAAUUUUCUCAUAUUCAUACUAUCGGUUCAGAUUUGAUCUUUGUCAAGCCUAAUUAAAAAUAGCUUUGCUAACAGGAUUUUUUCCCCCAUCCACAAGGUUCAGACCUGGACCAUGAUAUAAUUUUUACUUUAGCAUUUGAUUUGAUGGAGAUGAAUUUUCAACAUUGGAAGGUCUCAUCAUCAUA